AGACCUCAAACCAGAUAAUGUGUUGAUUUUAAUGGACGGAGAGAUAAAGUUAUGUGACUUUGGUUUGGCUAAAGAGGUCCCAAAUUGUUAUCCGUUUCUUAUGUCUAAAGCAAAACAUACGGCAGAUGUGGGAAGUGUUGACUAUAUGGCACCGGAAGCCCAGACUAAUGAAUACAACCAUUUAAUAGAUAUCUACAGCCUAUCCCUAAUUGCGGCUCAAAUUUUUGUUUUCGAUACAAACGAUAUAAUUGACGGA